GGUGGUAAACCUGUAGUCUUCUUACAACAUGGCCUGCUUGCGGAUGCCAGUACCUGGGUCGCUAACUUUAAGCACAAUAGUCUGGGGUUUAUCUUGGCUGAUGCCGGCUAUGAUGUCUGGAUGGGAAAUAGCCGGGGCAACACCUGGUCCCGGAAACACAAAAGCCUGUCACCAAAAGAUAGAGAAUUCUGGGCCUUUAGCUAUGAUGAAAUGGCAAAGAAAGAUAUUCCUGCUGUUAUAGAUUUCAUUUUGGAGACAACAGGUCAGAAACAAAUAUAUUACAUUGGCCAUUCUCAAGGAACAACUAUUGCAUUUAUAGCAUUCUCUACUAUGCCCCAGCUAGCCAAGAAAAUCUAAAUAUUUUUUGCCCUUGCUCCGGUGGUUAAUCUUCAACAUCCCAUUGGUCCAAUUGAAGCUGCCAAAUUUGUGCCAGACUUUCUUUUUGAGAGCAUUUUUGGUCACAAAGAAUUUCUGCCAUCAACAAAUAUUAUGAAAUUGCUGGCUGAUAAAUUCUGUAGCCAUGUUGUACUGGAAGAACUAUGU